AUGCUCAGGCGGGAGACUGGAUUCGGGUCAAAGACGAUGCUCAAGAUCGUCGGACUUCUUCUGGUCCUUUCCGUUUCAUGUACUGACGCUCAGCGAGUGAAGCCGAAGAGGUAUAAGUGUGUGCUGGUAGAUGAGGAUGAACCCGUGUUGGGAGAUGUCGGAGGGCCCAGUUAUUUGAGUGAAUUGAAACAACGGAGGAUUCAGAGUACGGUGAGGAGCGGAGAGACCGGCGGCGAAGUAAGUUUUGUCCAAUUUUAGCCAAUCACGACCUCCCUUAUACAACUCAUUUCGCCCUUCCAGAUUCAAAUCAACCGAGUCCCAGACUACUCCCAACCCAUCCCACGUAAAGUUAAUACGGCCCCAAUUAGAUCCCCAUUACCUCUGGCCACAACUCAAGCUCCACCACCGCCUCCUCCAACUCAGAAGUUGAAGCAAGUCAUGUUAAAUCGAGGACAAAGGCCGACUCAAGUCGGGUUUAGUGUUCCAAUUGGACUUCCAUCAAUUCAAGUGACGAAACCACCCGGUCGGGAGCUCCAAUUGUCUCCCGAACAUUGUCAUAUGGUAAGUAGAACAGAUUUUUUUUGCUACUAUGUUACGUGUAACAACACAAUUUCGACAAAUCAGUUCGCGGAUUCCCCGCGAACGAAACCAAAAAUUUCCUUCCAAACACAUCUGAAAGACGGUUCGGAUUCAAGCUUUACCUUGAACUGGGAUAAAUUAUCCAAAGAAUUCGGCUCGUUUUUCUUUUAUAAAAUGAUCGGCUCUCGGAAAAGAAACGGGUUCCUUUUGGAGCGAGAGAGCGCCUUUUUUCCAUUGCUUUUCUUUGACUCUCUGGCGCUUUUGUUUUGAUUUUUUGAUCGGACGGGAAACAAGUUGAAACGGCGCGCCGCUUUCUCCGCCGCGGCGGAGAAGCAAUUUGCUUCUGAUGUCUCUGUAAUUCAGUAGUGAUUUUGACAAAAAAUAUAUUUUUUUUCAUUGGUAAUUAUUUUCUUGUAAAACGAAAAUAUUUUAAUAAUUAUUUUUCUCGUCCUUUGCACAAUUUUAAGGUCAAAUCAAAUUAAAAUGUAGUUAACAUGUCUUGAGGACCUCAUAGAUCCUUGUUUACGAUUUAAUUGUUAUUUCCAAGCUAACUGUUUUCCGUAAUUAAUCCAAAUAUCCCUACAAAUUGCCAAAUCUGAUUCCAACCUCUUCCUUAUUCUAAUAUCAUGUUUAUAUUAUUGUAUUCGAAAUGCCCUCACAAGAUUUCUUAAGCGGAUUACAAUUACAAGAAAGAUUAUAAUCGACGGGAUUUGAGGUUGGGAAUAGAAGUGACGCUUAAUCCGAGGGAAUUCUCUCUUUUCAAACAUGGUAAUUGGGAAGUCUGGGUAUUUUUGGAUUCAAAAUUGAGAAUCAAAAAGUGGCAAAUACAUUUGAGACUUCCCAAUUAUCCGAUGUUACCUUAGUCCGUAUGGAAUUUGGAGCUGUUAGGUCUAAUUUUGAGGUUCCAGUUAUAACUUCCGCCCACAUUAACAAUAUAAAUUUGAGGGAUUUAGAAAUUAGCUUCCUUAAAAAGUAAUCGGAAAGGAUUAAAAGGAAAUAUUUGCAUGGGGAAGGUUAAUAUUAAGGAUAGUAUUGGGUGAUAAUCUCAAAUUUAAUUUUGCUACUUACAUGUUAAUUUUGGCUUUGGAAGAGCGAUACUGUAAUUAAAAAAUUUGAAAAGUAAAAAAUUUGGCAUUUCCGGAAUUUUAACCUUCAAAUUUGACUUUCGAAUUGCAAAAUAUUGUUUGUAAAUAGGUCAAAAAAUUUUAUUCACACCUGUAUUCGGUUUAAUUCCACUUUCUUUGAGCUCAUAAUUCUCAAGAGCUCAUUAAUUUUUAGGCAAAUCGAAAAUUUGCUACAAUUUCGAAUGAAAAAAGACUUCGAAAUUCAUAGGCUGACCUCAAAGUACGAUAACUACUUAGCUGUUACGACUUUGCUUCAAAUUUAAGGAUGCACAAGACUUUUAAUUAAAAUUGUCAUUUGUAUUUCAAACCAGUAUUUCAGAUCAACCACUAUGCCACCUUAUAUGGCGUCACAGAUGUGACUUCGUGGGUCCAUAAGAACUGCGGAUUUGCCAAAAUGUACUUGCCCAACUCGAGUUGCGAGGAGAUUGACAUCUUGGUCGCCUCUUGUUAUAAGAUCUAA